AUGGUUACUCCAGUGUUCUCCAUACUGGGCUACAUCUACUCUCUGAGCCUCCUGCCUCUGCUGCUGCCUGGUUCGAGCCAGGGCAGUCCCAUCAUGUCACCUGAGGAGUUUCGAAGGGGCCCUGGGGCUAGAGGUCUGGUGGAUACCUCCAUAUUGGAGCAGAAUGAAGACCUGGAAAUGCAGGACUUUCGGGGUCAGUUUCUGUCCACAUUGAACCUCACAGAGCUGGGCCCCCGGCCAAGGCCCCGUGAGGCCCGUAAAGAGCCACCAGAAUACAUGCUGGAACUGUACAACCGCUUUGCCAACGAUCGCACGGCCAUGCCCUCUGCCAACAUAGUGCGUAGUUUCAAGAAUGAAGAUUCCUCCUUCUACAGUGUGACGGUCAGGGGCGUGAGGACACACCCCCUGCUGUUCAACAUCUCCAUCCCCCACCAUGAGCACAUCCUCACCGCCGAGCUCCGCCUCUACACCCUGGUCCAGAGGGAUCGCAGAUGCUACGCCGGCCUUGAUCGCAAGGUGACCAUCUACAAGAUUCACGAGGGGGGGCACUGGAGGAAAGAAGAGGGGAGGGACGAAAGAAGGAAUGAGCAGGAGACAGACAAAAUGGAGGAAAUGGAGGUGCUGGCAACCCGGCAAGUCUAUGGUAAAGAUGAUGCCUGGAUUACCUUUGACCUGACCCAUCAGGUCAACCUUUGGUGUAAGGCAGAGAGCUCCGCCCACCGACUGGAGGUCCACAUUGCAAGUCUGGGUUCUGAUGGUGGGAAGACCCCCCAGGUCAGAGAAGAGGAUGGAAGGAAAGAGUUGGUCGAUGUGGAUGUUGACAUGGGCUCAGAUGGUAAACACAUGCCAGUGGUGAUUGUGUUCUCAGAUGAUCAGAACAGAGAUCAUCGUGAGGAGGACAAGCGGGAGCUCAACCAGUUUACAGAACAUGAGAAUGACCUGCCGGCUGACCUGGAGUCGAGUCCACAGGUGAAUUGGGGGGACCAGGCUGGGAGCGAUGCUAGGAACACUGAUAGAGAGGAGCUGGACGAGGAGACUCUCAUGCAACUGCACUCCAACCUCAUUUAUGACACGCCUCCCCGAAUCCGCCGCAACACCAAGGGUGACCCCUGUAAGAAGACCCCUCUCUAUGUGGAGUUUAAGGACAUUGGCUGGGAUACUUGGGUCAUACAGCCCCUGGGCUAUGAAGCCUAUGAGUGCAAUGGUGUAUGCAGCUACCCUAUGACCUCUGAGGUCUCGCCUACCAAGCACGCCAUUGUCCAGAGUCGGCUGAGCAGUAAGAUUCCACAGAAGGCGUCACCAGCCUGCUGUGUUCCCACCAAGCUAGAGCCCAUCUCACUCCUUUACGUCGAGGACGGAGGAGUGGUCACCUACAUGCACAAGUAUGAGGGCAUGGUGGUGUCAGAAUGCGGCUGUAGAUAG